AUGAAGUUCUUCAAAGCAUUCACUCACGUCUCCUCCCAAGUUAAUGCCUCCGUUCUCAUCCACCUCGACGCACCCGCCGAUAUCCUCCGUAAAACAAAUCGGACUGAAAUUCUUAGAACUCAUAUCACAAUAUCUACCGUCAGGACCGAUGUAGUCAGGGCUCCAGGAUGUGGCAGAGUUGCAAAGUUGUUCUGCUGGCUGGCUGGUGAAGUUCGACGUGAUAAAAUGCUCCGCGAUCCAGAGAUGACGGUGGGCAAUAUCUUCUUUGCCGGGUACGGUAGGCGCGCAAGCGUCACUGUUGGCAGUAUCUUCUACAUUUUCGCUGCACGUGUCAACGUCAAAUUUCAAAGCAUUAUUGUAGGUUUCGUUUAUGUGAUUAGCAUCGAUCUAGACUUAGGAAUAUAUUCGCCGCCGCCCUGCGUCGAUCCAAACAACGCAUAUGACAUCCUUGUUGUUGGAGACACUGAUGUAGGUGGCUCGUCAGCCACAGACUGGCUGGUCUACUGUCUUUGUGCAGAUGCUACCCGAAUCAAUUUGACAGCCGUCUACUUGGUCUGA